AUUCUUCCCCGUCAUCAUAUUCCACAUCUUCUCAUUUCUUUCACCCACAGUAUCACCAAUUCUACAUGCCCCCUUCGUCCCCAACGCGUUCGAAUUACCAAGAUGCAAAAUCCCUUUCUUUCCCUUCCCCUCCUCUCAGCCCUUACAAUGCCAGCAACCAAAUUCUCUCCCUGGUCGACUCAUCCCCUCAAAGCCCUGGUUUUCCACCUCAGAAGCAACCCCCUAAUCUGUAGUCACCACCCUACGCUCAGAUUUUGGAAUCCGAGAGUCCCAAUGUGAGGUCUUCGAGGAUGCAGAGUUGUAAAUUUCCUAGAGGAAGGCGGUUAACGAGUGCUCAUGUGGCCUACGAUGUUGAUAUGAGGCUGUCCGGCGAGGUUCAACCUCAGCUUGAGGUCACUUCGAUUAUGAAGUUUGGGUCUGAUCCUCAGCUGGUGUUGGGAAUGCAGAUUGUUGUUAAUAAGUCUUAUAUUUGUUAUGGUUUGAAAGGAGGCAGUAUUAGGAUUCUUAAUUUAAACGCUACAUUGAGGUCUUUGUUUCGUGGGCACACGCAUAGGAUCACAGACAUGGUUUUCUUUGUUGAGGAUGUUCAUCUUUUGGCUAGGUAUUUAUUUUUCUUUAAUUGGUAAUUUCACCUUUUUUUUGUUUUCGUUUUUUGCUUCAUGUUAAUACGUUUUUCUGCUGUGUGAGUCUAGAGGGAAGGGUGUUUGUUUGGAAGAUAUCUGAAGGUCCAGAUGAGGAUGAUAAGCCACAUAAUACAGGGAAUAUAGUUAUUGUUGUUCAGAUAUUGGGCGAAGAUGAAUAUGUACAUCCUCGUG